AUGGCUACAUUGCGCACUCAACAUGGGAUAAACAUAUUGUUUCUUUUCAUCGUUCAUCUAAAUCAUGGCAUCACCAAACCGUUGCAAACCUUCUCGGAAGAACAGUUCCUACAGGAGCUGAGUGACGAUCGUAGCAACUCACAGGGAACUCAUCAUCCCACGGUACGCAGCAGACCGCCGUACCUUGGCAACCUGCAUCUUGGCUUUCAUCAGCCGCACCACCAUCAGGGCACGGGACCGGAAACGAGCGAGAACGAAAUUUACGACUCGGACGAAAGUAAUCUGCUCCGGACACCGCUCGACCGUGGGCCACACUUUGAUUUGUCUGCUUCGAAGAACAUUACUGCGCUGGUCGGGAAGACGGCCUAUCUCAACUGCCGGGUGAAGAACAUCGGCAACAAAACGGUGUCCUGGGUGCGGCACCGUGACAUUCAUCUGUUAACCGUAGGUAGAUUCACCUAUACAUCCGACCAGCGAUUCCAAGCUGUACAUAAUCCCCAGACCGACGAUUGGUCGCUACAAAUUAGAUACCCACAGAAGCGAGACACGGGCGUGUACGAGUGCCAGAUCUCGACUACACCACCGGUCGGACAUUCGAUGUUCCUCUCGGUAGUAGAACCAAUCACCACGAUUGUUGGCGUACCGGAUCUGUACAUCAACACUGGCUCAACUGUAAAUUUAACCUGUAUAGUGCGAAACUCUCCCGAACCUCCUUCAACUAUUAUUUGGACCCACAACAAUCAGGAAAUCAACUACGAUUCACCACGAGGCGGAGUGUCGGUCAUCACGGAGAAGGGUGAAACGACAACCUCCUACCUGCUAAUACAGCGUGCCCGUACGACGGACACCGGCAAGUACGUCUGCUCACCGUCGAACGCCGAUCCUUCCACGAUCAACGUACACAUCCUUAAUGGGGAACAUCCGGCGGCCAUGCAACACGCCGGACAGCUUCGGAUAGGAGAUCCACUGUACGUGUUCGUCCUCUGGCUGAUUAGCUUUCUGUUCGGACGGCGAUGAAAGUUGGCAAUUCCGG